AUGUAUAUAUUUAUAGUGCUAAUAAUUCUCUGUACUCUAAUUGGUAACAUGUUGCUCAUCAUUUCAAUUUUGCACUUCAAACAGCUUCACAUGCCCACCAAUUACCUUAUUCUGUCUUUGGCUACUGCUGAUUUUCUAUUGGGCUGUUUCGUUAUGCCUUACAGCAUGAUGAGAUCUGUAGAAAUGUGUUGGUAUUUUGGUCAAUUGUUUUACCGUUACUAUGCAAUGUGUGACCCACUGAGAUAUAAAAUAAGAAUUACCUUCUUCUCAGUGCAGAUAAUGAUCAUCGUUAGUUGGGCUGUUUCAGCUAGUUUUGCUUUUGUCUUAAUAUUUUUAAAAUUAAAUUUAAAAGGAAUGGGAGAAGCUUACAAUAAUAACUUUGCUUGUUAUGGAAGCUGCGUACUUGUAUUCAGUGAAAUAUCAGGAGUGGUUGCAUCAACAGUUGCCUUUUACAUUCCAGGAAUUACCAUGUUGUGUAUUUAUUUUAAGAUUUAUUUUGUGGCUAGAAAACAGGUCAGAAAUAUAAACAAAAUAGCAAGUCAAGUUCAAAACAUCAAAAAUAGCAAAACUAGAUUUGCACAAAGUAACGAAAGAAAAGCUGCCAAAACCCUAGGAAUGGUUUUGGGUAUAUUUUUGAUUUGUUGGUCUCCAUUUUUCGUUAGUAAUACAAUAGAUGGUUUUAUCAAUUAUUCAAUCCCUCCUGUCUUGUUCGAUGCUUUUGUUUGGUUUGGUUACAUGAAUUCUAUGUUUAAUCCUUUAAUCUAUGGUUUCUUCUUUUCCUGGUUUAGAAAGGCUGUAAAAAUCAUUUGCAAGGGCCAAAUAUUUCAACCUGUUUCUUCAAGAAUGGACUUGUAUCAUGACUAA